AUGUAUGAAGAAAAUUGGGAUGAUCCAAAUGACAUAUCAUAUGCUCCAGCUCAAGUUUCGUCAAACACUUUUUACCCUUCAAAUAAUAGUGAUAAUGAUACUUAUUCUAUUAACAAUAAAGAAAAAGAUCAACAACAAAUAAAUACUAGUUACAGUAAUCAUGAAAGGAGAUCAUACAAUGAUUCGUUUAAUUUAGUUAUAAGAGUUGAAAAUUCUAAAAUUGGAAUGAUUAUUGGAAAACAUGGAUCUAAAAUAAAAGAAUUACAAGAAAAAACUGGGGCACAGAUAAAGAUAGGUAAGCCAUGUCCAGAUGAUAAUUAUCUAACAGAGGUAAUUUUAAUCGGAAGUCAAAAUGCUAAAACAAAAUGUAAUGAUUUAAUAAAUGAAAUUAUCAUUUCGAGAAAUUCGAAUGUUUACACGUAUAAAAGUUCACAUAACGAAGAAAAUUCUGUGCCUUUUAUCGAUUGGGAUUCAUUAAAUCAAAAAGCUGCGAUUGCAGAAGCUGAAAGAUGGGUAAAUUGUCCACCCAUAAUAAAAAAUUUUUAUAUUGAAGAUUCUGUUAUUGCUAACAUGAGUGAAAUAGAAGUAGAGGAAUUGAGGAAAAAAAAAUCUAUCAUAAUUAAUAAUGAAAUGGAUUUUGAAGAAAAAAUAUUAAAUCCGAUUCAAACUUUUGAACAAGCAUUUCAACAUUAUCCGGAAAUAUUGGAUGAAAUUGAAAAACAAGGAUUUAAAGUUCCCUCUCCCAUACAAUCACAAGCAUGGCCAAUAUUACUUUCUGGAAAAGAUUUAAUUGGAAUUGCUCAAACGGGAACUGGUAAAACUUUGGCAUUUCUUCUACCUGCUCUUAUACACAUCGAUGGUCAAAAAAUUCCUGGGACAAAACCUAGAGGAGGUCCCAACGUACUAAUAAUUGCACCCACACGAGAACUUGCAUUGCAAAUUGAAAAUGAAGUGAAAAAAUAUUCUUAUAAAAAUAUCAAAUGUCUUUGCGUUUACGGUGGUGGUAAUAGAAGGGAACAAAUAAACACAGUUCAAGAGGGGGUUGAAAUUAUAAUAGCUACACCAGGUCGUUUAAACGAUUUGGUAAAUAACAGCUAUAUUACUUUAUCUUCAAUUACUUACAUAGUUUUAGACGAAGCUGAUCGAAUGUUGGACAUGGGAUUCGAACCACAAAUUAGAAAAUUAUUACUUGAUAUUCGUCCCGAUCGACAGUCUGUCAUGACCAGUGCUACAUGGCCAAAUGAUGUUCAAAGAUUGGCAAAAAGAUACAUGUCAAAUCCAAUUCAAGUUUUUAUCGGUUCUUUAGAUUUAACAGCCGUACAUUCAGUUCUACAAAGAGUUUAUAUAAUUAAUGAAGGGGAUAAAAAAUCUUACCUUUUUGAUAUCCUUCGAAAUCUCAAAGAAGAAGAAGAUAAAAUAAUUGUAUUCGUUGGGAAAAAAAACAUGGCGGAUGAUUUAUCAUGCGAUUUAUCAUUGAAUCGUUUUAUGUGUCAAUGCAUACACGGGGGAAGAGAACAAAUGGACAGAGAGCAAGCUUUGGAUGAUUUUAAAACGGGUUGCGUUAAAAUUUUAAUUGCCACGGAUGUUGCCAGUCGUGGGAUAGACAUUUCCGACAUAACGAAAGUUUUAAAUUACGAUUUUCCAAAUAAUAUUGAAGAAUACGUUCAUAGAGUCGGUCGUACGGGUAGAGCGGGUAAAACGGGUGAAGCCAUAACUUUUUUCACAAGAUCUAAUUGGAUGCACGCAGGAGAUCUCAUUUCAAUAAUGGAAGAAGCUAAUCAAUCCGUACCGAUUGAAUUGUACGAAAUGAGAGAAAGAUAUUUAAAACGUCAAGAAAUGAAAUGUGAUGAUAAAUUUUUGGAGAAAAAAAAAACAAACAGAUGGAAGAAGUAG